AUGUCUUCGGAACACAGACUCUAUUAUAGUACGCCUUCAACUAGCUUCCCUACCUCUCUGCCUCUUGGCAAUGGUCGGUUCGCUGCCUCGGUGCUAUCCUCUCCAGAGCAUGAGACAUUUUUGUUGAAUGAAGUUACUUUUUGGUCUGGAGAACCUCGAAAUGCGGGCGAGGGAUUAGCUGAACGGCCUGAAGAUCCCAAGGCCGAACUUAGGAAAACCCAAAACUGUUAUCUUAAUGGUGACUAUAGUCAGGGAAAGAAGAGAGCGGAAAAGUACCUCCAGAGCAAGAAAAAUAAUUUCGGAACCAAUCUUGGAGUUGGGAAGCUUGAUAUCGGUGUUAAUGGCCAUGGAAACGCCGGCGAUAUUCAGGAAUUUGGGAGAGAAUUACGUUUUGAUGAGGCUAUAACUGAAACACGAUAUAAAGUCAACGGCCGCCAGUAUAAACGAAGAUCUUUUCUAAGCCAUCCAGGCCAAGUUCUGGUGAUACAGUUCGAAGGCGAUGAUCUGAGUGGACUCGAAUUUGUCGUCAAAGUGCAAGGCGAUAAUGAAGCGUUUACUUCUACAGUAAACAGCGAGUCAAGACUAGAAUUUGAUGCCCAAGCUCUCGAGACUGUGCACAGCGAUGGAACCUGUGGCGUCAAAGGCUUCGGUAUCGUCGCAGCAAGAGUUGAUGAUGGAAAGGUCGAGCAGAAGGAUGGCAAGCUUACCAUUUCGGCACAGAAGAGCAUAACGAUAUUAGUGGCCUUCAAUACCGAUUUCAACGAAUCACGCGACGAGUGGAGAGAGAGAACUCUUUUACAGAUUGAAGAGGCUCUUCAGAUUCCUUUUGACGAACUUUUGAAAGAGCAUCUGGAAGACUAUCAGCCGCUUUACCGCCGUAUGAGCAUCACUUUAGGACCCAAGUCCAACCCUAAUUCCAACACUCCCACAGACCAACGUCGGGGUAACUUUGAGUCGUCAGGUUAUGCUGAUCCUGGGCUGUUUGCACUUUAUUUCCACUAUUCACGUUACCUUACUAUCGCUGGUACACGCGAAGAUUCUCCCCUACCGCUACAUCUACAGGGUUUAUGGAACGAUGGUGAAGCCUGCAAAAUGGGCUGGAGCUGUGAUUACCAUCUCGACAUCAACACGCAGAUGAACUAUUUUGCAAUCUUGAACAGCGGCCUAGCGGAUCUCAUGAAACCUGUCUACAAAUACAUCUUGAAACUUGCUGUCAAGGGCCAACAGACUGCACGUACGUGUUACGGCUCCCGUGAAGGCUGGGUAGCUCACGUCUUCAGCAAUGCAUGGGGCUUUACGGAUCCCGGUUGGGAGGUCUCGUACGGGCUGAAUGUUACAGGCGGUCUUUGGAUGGCAGCGCAUCUAAUUGAGAUGUAUGAAUACACCCUGGACGAUGGGCUCAUGAUGGCCAAUUUAUGGCCACUUCUGUUUGGCGCAACUAAAUUCUGGGUUGACUAUAUGAUUGAAGAUCCUAAAACUGGCUGGCUGCUCACGGGUCCAUCUGUAAGCCCGGAAAACAGCUUCUUCGUUGUCAACGAAGAUGGCACAAAGGAAGAGCACUAUGCUGACCUGUCGCCUACUCUUGACGUUGUCCUGCUUCGCGACCUCUUUGCCUUCUGCGAGUACUUUGCUGGCAAGUUGAAAACUAUGACGGGCUACCCUUGGGAUGAAGACAUCAAGGAAUAUCAGAGGGUGCAGGCAAAGCUGCCCCCGCUGCAGAUUGGCAAAAAUGGUCAACUCCAAGAAUGGCUGCAUGAUUAUGAAGAAGCUCAGCCCUACCACCGACAUCUUUCUCAUACCAUGGCUUUGUGUCGGUCAGCCUUGAUCUCAGCUAGGCAUCAACCCGAUCUAGCAGAGGCAGUUCGUGUAUCGCUUGAGCGAAGGCAAGGCCGCGAUGAUCUUGAAGACAUUGAAUUCACGGCCGCCCUUUUCGCUCUCAAUUAUGCGCGGUUGGGAGAUGCUGAAAAGGCUGUUGCUCAAAUUGGCCAUCUAGUUGGUGAGCUGAGUUUCGACAACCUACUUAGUUACAGUAAGCCCGGUGUAGCGGGUGCCGAGAAGAACAUAUUCGUCAUUGAUGGAAACUUUGGCGGCGCCGCAGCCAUUGCUGAGAUGUUGAUACGGUCGAUUAUUCCUCGCUUGGGAGGGCCGGUUGAGGUAGACUUGCUUCCGGCCCUGCCUGCAGCUUGGUCAGAAGGAUCAGUGAGCGGGAUGCGUAUCAGAGGAGGAUUGGAAGCUAGUUUUGCAUGGUCUAAAGGGAAACUGGAAGGCGUGACGUUGAAGGCGUCUAGGCCUUCAUCUCUGGUUGUGUUUUAUGGCGAGCACCGGUUUGAAACGGCUUUCGAGGAAGCAGAGGUUAUUCAACUAGGGCCGUCGUUGCAGAAUUGGAGCAGGUAG